AUGGCGGCUUUUACUUUACUCGUGCAGUUGCUGCUCUCCAUUGCUGUGCUGGGAGAUGCGGCCCAUGCGAAUGGAUUGUCUACAAGUGACCAUUCUGUAUCACAUACAAGCCUGCUACCUUUAAUAUCUUCAUUGCCGGCUUCAGAAACAACAUACGAUGUUGUGCCACGCAGAAUACUAGAGAACGAGAUUCGAGACGCGGCCGGGUCUCUGACAACGCCUGCACUGCUGCCAAGGCACACGAGCAUGCGCAUGGUAGGCACCGCCGCAAACGCCUGGUUCAACCCGCAGAGUGAGAGAAAAGACUCGUAUGGCGGGAUUUGCUUGGUGGUCAUCGCCGUGGGAGUGGCAGCAUCCGUAGUGGUUCUGGUAGUUGCGUCGGUGGCAGUUUUCUGCAUCAGGUGCAAGCGUUGCACGACAAACGUCUUGUCAGCCGUGGAGGAACAGAAAUGGCCCAAGUCCACAAUGGUGUACGAGGCGUAUCCCCCUUGGCUGCUCAAGAUACCCAAGCAGCCUGAGCAGCCGCAAGUCCCGGUACUGCAACGGGGGCAGUCUUGGACGUCGACGAGCACCAUGGCAAACAGCCAAAACGAUGCCGUCUCCCCAAUGGACCCCCAGACAUGGGACGGCGCUCAGCACACUUGCCAGGUUUCGCCUACAGCCACGUACAUGUCUCCUGUGGGAUAUCCGACAAUGCAGGGCCAUCAAGGCGCUCCGCAGUGGCAGCCGCCCGCAGAAUUACCCACGACGCCAGAUCCUGGAAAUACGCCGCUGCCGAGUUAUCCUGCUACCAUGGCAGAUGCUCAUUUGCCGCCGAGAUUUUCGUGGACAGGAGAGGAGGAGGCGUCUUAUCGGCCGUCAUCGUGGAUGAAGCGGUAG